UUCUCCCCCAAGUGUAAAUAUCCGCGACUGCAUCCAAUAUCUUCUCAGUGCAGGUCUGGCCAUCGAACGGGGCAGCCGUCACCUCUCUCCUCCUUGAACGACUUUCAGUAGAGAUACGAAACUUUUGACUUUGAAAAAUCGUUCGCAGUCGCGCAAGAGCACAAAUGAAGACCUCGAACCCGUGGACAGAAAAAUUCUCCCAAGAGACUAACGGAAAGGUGCACAAGCUUAUUCUACCUGAAGGAGAGGAAACGGACGAAGGAAGACAAGAAAUGGAUGAAGGAGGGGGAGGAGGAGGAGGAGGAGGAAGACAAGAAGACAAAAUCUCUCCUCAACCGACUGGUACGGAUAUCCGUACUCAAGAACGCAGACCUUUGAUAGACGAAAGUAGUACCAACCACAUCGCUUGUCUUGAUAAGAAUACAAAGACGCAACCAGACACCACCUCCGACCAGACAUGCUGUCUGCCUAAAAAGUGUUGCUGUAGACCAGCCUUCACUCCGUUCUGUAGACAGGUAGCCAACGUUUUAGUAGCCUGCUUGGCAGGUCUGUCCGUAGGGACUAUCCACGCGUUUCCUGCAGUUUCUCUGCCCCGGUGGGAGGAGGCUGGCUUCGUCCUCACAACUGCUCAGACCACCUGGUUCGGUGAGUAGGCCUACAAUGCUAGGUUAAUGACUUAGCAACACCUGUUACAGGUAUAUCUUUUUAUAACUCGGCAACAACUGUUAUAGGAGUAUUUCUAUGACGUGAAUAAUUACAGGUAAUUUUUUGUGGUAUCCAAUGGGUAACUAAUUACCAACUGGUUCGGUGAGUCUAAGGCCAGUUAACUUAGAAACACGUUUUAUAGGCCUAUGUUUUAUAGUUCUCUCGGGGCCUAGGCCUUAUAUGAAACUAGUUAGAUAUAAAUUUGUCUUUAUUCAUAUAUUUUGGUAUAAAAUUGAAAGCUUUCGUGGUCUAAAUGAUGUUUCAGAUAACAGAACAUUCGUACCAGCAAUCUAACUACGAGUACUGGCUGCAUGGUGUAAAAUCUCUCUCUCUCUCUCUCUCUCUCUCUCUCUCUCUCUCUCUCUCUCUCUCUCUCUCU